AUGGCCCCUUGUGGUACUACAGGAAUAGCAUUGAUGUAUACCACGAAUAGAAGAAUUUGGUCUACGCUGCUUCUAGCACAGUUGGCGAUUGCACUAAGUAUUGCUUGUAGAGUGUCGGAGUUUCCUUGUAAAGGAAGUCGGAGCAUUUGUGUGCCAAUGGACAAAUAUUGCGAUGGCAGAAAUGACUGCGAGGAUGGCAGCGAUGAACCAAAGCACUGCUCGGUAUGCAACCGUACUUAUUACGGUGACAUCGGCAGAACAUAUUCUAUAAAGGUACCAACACCGCAGUGGAAUAAGCUGCCGUUUCUUUGCCACUUGACAUUCACGGCAUCCGGACAUGAUCAGGGCGACAUUGUUCAGAUAUCAGAAUCUAGCUCUGCAAAUAAAAAUUAG